UCGUCGUUUCAACUGUAAACACACUCCUCCACUACUACAACCUCAAAAGCACUCCAACAAAAGUUGUACUUGUACUCACACCUUUUACAAUACAACAAUCUCUCUUAAAUAUUAAUUAAUGGACGGAAUCGGUUCGCGAACCGGCCGGCAAUCUUCCCGGUACGGCUCGGCGCCGGUCUUCACCGGACCGGUGAGACGGUGGCAGAAGCAGUGGGUGAAUGUCUCGUCUUCCUCCGUCACUUAUAAUAAUCACAGCAGCAACAGAUCCAAUUCUACUAACAACAACAUUUCUGCUGUACGGAUUCGCCGGUGGACUCCUGCUCCGGCGGACGGAGAGGAGAGGCCGAGGCGGAAGUUACGUUAUGCACCGAUUGUUGUGCUUGGAAGUAAGAAAAAGGAAGCUGAAAAGUUUGAUGUUGAUGUCAAAGAAGCAAGCCAAUCAGCUGCUCAAGGAGCUUCCGAAAAUGAUGAUAAUGAAAAGAAGAUUUCUAAAGAUGGUCUUGCAGCAAAACCGCAGCCUCUAACUCCAUCAGGGAGGAAACUGGCGACAAACUCGAAAGAUUAGGGAGUAAACUGGCGACAAACUCGAAAGAUCAGGGAGGAAAAUGGCUAUUUUUAAACUAUUGGAGCAAAACCGUUAAAAUGACCAAACCACAGGGAGCAAAACGGAAGUUUACUCAAAAAGCAAUCUUCUGAUAUGUUCAUUAUUUCGAUAUUAUGCACACAUACAUGGAAAUCAUGGUCUUUAUUUUCUCAAAAUCCCUUUGCAUGAUUUUAGUAUAUUAAACAUGCAUGAUGCAUCAAAAACGAAAUCUGCAGGCAUCACAGAAUAGCACUGCAGCCACCAAAGACUUGAACAACCGACCCGUUGAUUUGGAUAUCGGUGAUGACGAUGGUGAUGAUGAUGAAGAAGACCAUGAUUUAGGUGGCGUUGACAAGGACAAAGCGGCGGAAUGGGUGAAGGGAUUUGCAUGUUGAAACUAUGAAGCUAUCUAUCACCAUUAGCUUAUAAAGUUAUGAUGAAGUUGUAGUAGGUGCAUGUGGUUAUGGUCCAACCUUAAAAGAGUCAUGUAAUUAAUCCUUAACUAUGGUGUAGAUAGUAUCUCAUUUGUGUUUUAGGUCUAAUAACCAAGCCCCUAGUUCUCUCAUGUAUUCGUCUUGUGUGUGCGUGCAUUGGGGGACGUGAAUGAACCGUUUUGGUUGCGUUUAUAUCCAGCUAUCUCAAAUAAAAACGGGUUAAAAGUCAUUAAAAA